AUGGAGGAGGAGGAGGAGGAGGACGAGGAGGAGCAGGAGGAGGAGCACCACCGGGAGCAGCAGCAGCAGCGGCAGCAGCAGCAGCAGCAGCAGCGGCAGCAGCGGGAGCAGCGGCAGCGGCGACGGCAGGGGGGGGAGCUGGGGCCAGCAGACAAAGGCAGUGAAGGCAAGCACGGCGAUAUGGAGAAGGACUGGGAGGCAGAGGCGGACGACGAGCCGCAGCGGGACGGCGCGGAGGAGGCCGAGACGGAGGCCCGGGAGGAGGCCGGGGAUGUCGUGAAAGAAGAGCAGAUCAGCAGCGGCGGCAGCGAAGAGGAUAGCGAGGGCGGCGGCGGAAGCGAGAGCAAGGGCGAGGGCGAGGGCGACGGAGGGGGCGAGGAGCAGCCCGCAUCAGGAUCUGGACAACGCUCGCCGCAGCGGCGGCAGUGCUUGGACGAUCUCUGGACCACCGUGAGGCGACUUUGA